CGUUACCCGCCCCGCCGGGGAGCGCCGCCCCCGCCCCCACGUGGCCAGCCGGGCGGAGCAGGCGGCGGCGGCGGCGGCAGUGGCGGCGAGUAGUGACCGGCCGCCCCCUCGCCCCGUUACUACCAGCCCGCCGGCUCCGUCUCCGCCCCGUGGCCUCCGGGCCUUGCCCAGGGGUGGGGGAACCUCCUCGCUGAGGACCGCCCCCCCUCCCCGCCUCCCGUCCCCUCCGGCGCGGCACCCCCGGCCCCGGCGGGGACUAUGCGGAGAUGGUCGUCCCGACCCGAGGCAGGAACAAAGAGUCGCCGCCGCUCAAGCCCGGGCAGCAGCAGCAGCCGCCCCAGUCGCCGGGCGCCAGCCCCGGGAGCGGCCGCGGGCGCCCUCCGCACUCUCCCGGCAGGCAGGUCCCCGGCGGGGCCCGCGCCAUGCGGAAGGGAGGCGGCGGCCGGCGGGGAGCCCGGAGCGACCCCCAGAGACCCUGCAGGGAGGGGCCGGCGGCGGAGGGGGAACGGGACGCGCUGGGCCGCGGCCCCCUGAGGUUCCUGCGCGUCUGCAGAGACCGGCUGCGAGUAUUUGUUGAUGACAGAAAGGCCUUCAUUGUAAAAGCUGAUAGCAAGAUAUGGCUCACUUUCCUUCUGGCUGCUUUUGCAGGAGUCCUACAUUGGUGCCACAUAACAACUCUAUUUGAAAAUGACCGUCAUUUUUCUCACCUGUCAACGCUAGAAAGAGAAAUGGCUUUUCGCACGGAAAUGGGUCUUUAUUAUUCCUACUUCAAGAUCAUUAUUGAGGCACCGUCGUUUUGGAAUGGAGUAUGGGCAAUUAUGAAUGACAGACUAACUGAAUAUCCUUUAGUGAUUAACACCUUACAAAGGUUCAAUCUUUACCCAGAGGUGGUCCUCGCCAGCUGGUACCGUGUAUAUACUGCCAUUAUGGAUUUCUUUGGUGUACCAACAAAGACAUGUUGGACUGUAAAUAGAGGAAAAGGGCUUAGUCCGGUUGAAAGCUGCGAGGGGUUGGGAGACCCUGCUUCCUUUUAUGUUGCUGUGAUUUUUCUUUUGAAUGGAUUAAUGAUGUCACUGUUCUUCAUAUACGGUACAUACCUCAGUGGGAGCCGUCUAGGAGGCCUUGUUACGGUGAUGUGUUUCUUUUUCAACCAUGGAGAGUGCACUCGUGUCAUGUGGACUCCACCUCUUCGUGAAAGUUUCUCAUACCCAUUCCUUGUGCUUCAGAUGUUGCUUUUGACCUAUAUUCUCAGGAUUCCGAAUAUUAAUACAGGAAGCUUGAUUGCACUGUGUGUUUCUAAUAUCUUUUUCAUGCUUCCCUGGCAGUUUGCUCAGUUUGUUCUUCUAACACAGAUAGCUUCAUUAUUUGCUGUGUGUAUUAUGGGUUAUAUUGACUCCUGCAAAUUACAGAAGAUACUCUCUGCUCAUAUGGUAUCUCUUGUGGUGUGUUUUAUUCUGAUGUUUGGUAAUUCAAUGUUAUUGACAUCAUAUUAUGCUGCAUCUUUAGUAGUUAUCUGGGGAAUUCUUGAAUUGAGUCCAAAAGUCUUGAAAGGCAGCAGAAGAGAGGUCUAUCUGUGGGUAAUUGAAGGAUGUGCCUGGUUAUUUGGGACAGUCACCUUGAAAUACCUAACUUCUUUAGUUUUUGGGAUAGCUGAUGAUGCUCACAUAGGAAAUAUAUUAAAAUCUAAAUUUAUUGGCUAUAAGGAUUUUGAUACAUUAAUGUAUACCUGUGCUGCAGAGUUUGACUUCAUGGAAAAAGAGACUCCAGUAAGAUACACAAAGACGCUGCUAUUACCAGUUGUUCUGGUGGUUUUUGGGAUAAUCAUCAAAAGGGCAAUUAAAUAUCUUAUGUGUGUCUUGUCUCAAGCAGGCCAAUAUGAAAGAGAGGAACGUUUUAACCAUGGUGAGCUUGUAUACCAUGCAUUGCAGCUGUUGGCAUUCAGUGUCCUAGCGAUUUUAAUCAUGAGACUAAAACUGUUUUUGACACCACACCUAUGUGUUAUGGCUUCCUUGGUGUGUUCAAAACAGUUGUUUGGAUGGCUCUUCUGUAAAAUCCAGCCCAAAACAUUGGUCUUUGCUAUUUUAGCAUUGAUGGCAAUAGAGGGAUCAGCAAACCUUCAAACUCAGUGGAACAUCAUGGGAGAAUUUAGCAAUUUGCCACAGGAAGAACUUUUAGAGUGGAUAAAAGUCAAUACCAGACAAGAUGCAGUUUUUGCAGGAGCAAUGCCUACAAUGGCGAGUGUUAAAUUGUCUACACUUCGUCCUAUUGUAAAUCAUCCUCACUAUGAAGAUGCGGGAUUAAGGGCCAGAACUAAAGUAGUAUAUUCCAUGUACAGUCGAAAACCUGCAAAAGAAGUAAAAAGAGAAUUGAUAAAACUAGGAGUGAAUUACUACAUUCUGGAAGAGUCAUUGUGUGUAAGCAGAAAAAAGCCUGGCUGCAGUAUGCCUGAAAUUUGGGAUGUCGAAGAUCCUGCUAAUAGUGGCAAAACUCCUUUAUGUACCCUUAUGAGCAAGGAUUCCAGGCCAUAUUUCAUCACAGUAUUUGAAAAUAGCAAUUACAGAGUCUUGAAGAUUCCAAAGGAGUAACAUUUCAAUGCAAAGAACCAUCAAUCUUUCAACUUUUUAAACUAGUAACUAUAAGAAUUCUAAAUCAGAAAUACCUUUUCUACUAGACUUAAAAUGGAAAAAUAGGUAUUUUAUUUUUUACCAUUUUAAGUGAAUUCUGAUUAUAGAAAUAUCUUAAACCGAACAGUUUGGAUUUCUAUUUCAGGGUCAGUCCCUUGAGAUUUGCUAUGCAAAUGAUUAUAUGUUUGCACACUUCAUUUAACACUGAUCCAAAAAGAGUUAAAAGUAGCUAUGGAAAGUAACUCCAUUCUCAAAACCAAUGAUAUUGUGAAAUGGGACUGUCAGAAUGUCUUAGCAAAGCAAGUUUGUUUAAAGCUUUGGUGCUAGCAGCUAGGAACAAAGGAAUGGUGCUAUAGCAUCUGGCAUCACAUUUCUCAUGUCACUUUCAUUACCCAUCUCUCUUCUGGACAGGGUGAUACUAGAAAUUCUCUUAAAAGUCACGUAGUUUCACUAGUCAUGUCAGAGAAAUACAUUUUUUUUCUUUGAGAGGAUUAAGAACAUUCAUCAGUUUGGAUCACUUAACACAUGCUUUUAAGCUUGCUUUUGAAAUGGAAAAGUUUGUAGGCAGACUUGAAACUUCAUUAUUUAGGUGCAUGUUCUUGGAAUCUUACUGAUGUUAAAAAAGAUGACUAAUAAGAGUACUAUUUGCAGUGAGCAAUAGUUUAGCUUCUCAGUGUCCAAGGAUUUUUAGCAUUCUUAUGCAUUCAGAAUAAGCUGGCAUAAUAUACAGGAAAUUUUUAAGGGAAAAUGCUUUAUUCAGGAAAAAUCUGUCAUAGCCUUAGAACGAUACUAAAAUAAAUCCUUCACUGCCUUAACUAGACCUUCAGCGCCUAACUUGGUAAGAAAUUACUUUCAAAAUUUAUGCCCUAUUUUCUUUCCCCACGCAUUAGAUCCUGCCUGGAUUUUAUCAUCAGCAUUAAAGGAAAAAAGAAAUUUAACCCAAUUGUGAUAUGGGUGUAGUCAGUUGUGUGGGUAUAAUUGCUCCAAAAGUAUUAGACUGGUUCUGCAGUUCUGUCAUCUCAGUGUCACACCAACAUUAUCAGUUAUAAAGAAUUUAGAGAAUUUGCUUUCCAAGAUACCCCGUGCAAGGACACCCUUUAGUCAUUUAACUGACUUGAUAGAAUGUUUGUAUGUUUAUUGCCAUUGGGAAGUAUCACAGUAAUUGUGAUUCUACAGUAUAAGACUUCUAAAAUCUAAUGUUUCUCUGUAUAUCAUUCAUAUUUUGGCUUUGUUUUGGCUUGUUUUUUUGUUCAGACAUCAGUCUAUUGGUAUGACUGGUCUUUUUAGCUCUAAUAGCAUCUAGCAAUGCUAGAUGCUAUGGGAAUAGCGUCCAUCAUGCCUAUAAGUAUCAGUUAAAUGGGAUUCUCUGAUGGAGUAGUAGUGUAACAACUGAUCAGUAUUCUAAGACUUCUUAUUUUUUUAAAAUCUGUUUUAUUGAAAGGGUGAGGGAGAAUGGCUGAAAAUGCAUUAGCUUUUUAACUUUUACAGAAUAGAUUUUGGAAAAAUUUCUAUAAGGAAACUAUCACAAAAAGGGCUUUUGGGAAGUCACUUUUUAAAAUGUUAAAUGAAUUCAAGGAAGCAGGAAAAAAAAUCUUUAUAUAAACAUUGUGACUAGUGUUACAGCACAAAAGGUACUGUAUUUUUAUGAAGUUUAUGCCAACUGUUGACAUGUACUUAUGUGGUUAAAUAAAAAAGAAAAAGAUGGAAAUUGUUCUCUUGUUUCUGAUGGAUGUUACAUUUCUGCUCUUAUGUCUAUUAAACUGAAGUUUAAUAAGUUGCCACAGCAGAUAUGAUUGAAGCUGAACCCUCAACUAAACAGUGCAAGGAAGUGGUUCAGAUCAUUAAAUCAAACUCACGCACCUCUUUCCAGCCUCCUUUUUAUUUGGAGUAUCAGUGCAGGAAUAUGUGAAAAGACAGUGAGAAAAUGUCAAAUAUCUAUUUACUCGCAAGGUGAACUUGGAAGGGAAUUCAAAAUUAUUCUCUUUUUGUUCUAAGUUUCUAAACUCAAUCAAGAGUGAAGCCCAAAUACUGGUAGAAUGAAGAAACAUUUGACAGUUAAGGUUCAAAGAUGUACUUUAGUAAAAAUGUUCCCCAUGUGAUGAGGAGGCUGUUGUUACUGAGUACAUGGCCAGACCCUGUCUGUAAAUUUUCAGCUUCACCUGAGGGAAGUGAUAAUGUCCCUUUGAACUGAUCUUAAACCCAAAUAAGUAUUGUCAUCUAAUGUUAAGAUGAUAAAAUCUAGUAAUGGAAAACUAUAAAGUAAAAAAUGUUAUAUAAGAUUGCAGGGAAGAAGCAUGGGACUUGAUUAAUUGGGUGUACCCUGUUAUGAAUUUCUUGUCAUCUCAGUAAUUUGCUCUCAAUUCCAAAGGAAUGAAUUUGGGUUUAAAUAAUACAACACUUUACAUGUAGGAGCACCAUGUUAAUGUUACGCUUAUCACUGCAGCUUGAGCUGGAAAACAGAAGUUUGAGAUCUCUUAGCUCUCACUGAAGUUGUGUUUUCCUUUUGCAAGAUCCUAAUCAACAAAUCUAUAACUCAAGUAAGUUCAUUUUUUAAAUAUGCUCUGGCCUUGAUGUACUUCAGGCACAGGACUAGAAUACUUCAGUACCUGAAAACAGUCUCUGUUAGGUUCUAGUAAUAUUGGAUCAUAUAGAUUUAUCUCUUGCAAUCUGAAAUAUUGCUAGCUUUGAAUACAGUAAACUUCAUUACAAAAGGUACAACUACAAUUUGGUACCAAACUUCUGAUAGUUGUGCAAACUGUAAUACUUACUAUGGAGAUCAAAUGAAGCACCUUUGUGAAACAAAGAUGCUAAUUCCUAUUCAGUACUGCCUUGCACUUUGUCAUUUCAUCUACUAUUUUAAAAAGAGGUUUUGCUUUUGCCUUUUUUUUUUGCAAUUCAGCUUAAACUGUGAAACUAAAUCACUCAGUAUCUCUUGGAUUUUUUUGAUUAUGAUAUCGAGUUCCAUAAUGUAGGACUCACUCCAAGAUAGGUAAAGAAAAUGCCUUCAGCAGCAGCAGAUAUGUAGGGAAGAAUAUAAACACAGCAUUGUCAGAAAUCAGUAUUGUUGAAAGGAAUUACAAAAUUAUAAUUAUGGCUUGGGACCUGUGUUUUGAGAUUGCGUUGUUGUGUAGUUUUAUAGACUCACAGAAUCAUUUAGGUUGGAAAAGACCUUUAAGAUCAUCAAGUCCAACAGUAUAACACUGUUAUAACAACCUAUAAAUGCUGUUGUUUCACCUAAGUUAUGUAAUGUGAAGGACUGCAGUAAAACAACAUGAUAUUCUUAAACUCGAAAGAAUAAGGUGCCUCUGAGUCAUAUUGGCAGCCGGACAAAGGAAUCAAAAUCCUAACUGAUAGUGGCGCUUUUCUGCGUAAGCUUUAUUGUACUAUGAGGAAAGAGCAGGAUGGUGGAUGUGGUGUGGAAGGAAGACUUUGCUGCUUGAAUAUUAAUAGGAGUUUAAAUGUUAGGUAAUAAUUAUAUUUUGAGUGAAAUCAAAGCUGGGGACAUAAAAUGGCGUGCAGAGCUUCGAAAUCUGAGAGCUGGUCGGCUGUGCAUGAAUUGCUUGGGGAGUGAAAGCUCUCAGUGCAAUGAUAAACAGAUUCUCAUCUGUAGCUAUAAGACAUAAGCACUUCUGUUUCAGUAGUCAAACAUUAUGAUAAACUGUCCGUAGCAGAGCUUUAAGCUGAUCUCUGAGGUUGGAGCAGACAAGUAGAAGGAUUUACAGGGUUAGAUAGAAUUCCUUCUCAGCAGGUUGGCUUGUUUCUGAUCUUGUGCUGUAAUUCUCCGUUACGGACUGAAUUCGUGCAGUGUAUGAAAUUUUCAAUUAUUUGAGUUGAUUCAUCAUGUAGUAGUUCAACAGCUUUAUUCCUGUUACAGCAUGUAUAGAACAUUUAUUGCCAAUAGAUCAUGGAAUGGAUAACUGAUAUAUAUAGAGUGAACGAAUAAUACUGGUUUCAUGUCUGGCCGAGAAGUCGAGCAGGCUAGCCCCAUUUCAGCAGCCACCAGUGAUAUCAUAAGAUACCAUACUGAUGCUACCUGAGCAUUUGCAUGAAUAUCAGGUCAACUUCCCUGGGCUUUGGAUCAGGCCUUACAGCUGCUCAGCUUAAACACCUCCCCAGCCAUGUCAGAAGUGCACAGGAAUUCAUUUCUUGUAAAAUUUCUCAUUUUCCUGUUAGGUGAGAAGGUACCGAGUGAUUAUUGUGUAAAAUGACUGCAAAUGAGAAAUCCCUGUGGCCAGCCUUCUACCCCGUCAAAUUAUCAGUGUUUAAAUUAAUUCUUGGGUGUAAGCAGCACUUGUUUUGCCUGUUUGCAGGAAGGAUGAGAUCUAGCUUUUAGCCUGAAGAAUAUGGAAAUUCUUCUUGGAUCUCAGCUAAUACUGAGCCUGAAAGAUGACAACUUCUAAAGGGAAAACUUCUGUCCUUUUGAUGUUCAUCUGGAAGGAAACAAGUCACUCAAGUUUGUUUUUUUUCAGGCUUGACCAAGCUUAUUUUCAAAGCCAGUCCUCAAAAUUCUUUCGUUACUAAUUAUCACUGUGUUCAGACACCUGAGCAGUAUCAUCUUUAUGUUACCGAGCAACUGGUUGCUCAGCUUCUCUGACUACAAGUCCCUAGGGUGUCUUAGGAUGCAGUUAGCAAACAUUAUUUGCAGGCAGUCAGUGUUUUGCUGUAGAUACCUCUGCCUGAGUUCUGGAAAAAAAAAUUCUAGCCUCUUUUGAAUUUUUAGGAUUAGUUAAACUACAAAAGCCAAUACUUCAGCUUUUUUUUUUUCUUAGCUAAAGAAAGGUAGCAAAGGUUGAAAGUACCCCAGAGUAGGAUGCCUCCUGUUUUUCCCUUAAUUGGUGCUUGAAUUACUGCAUCUGCAUUUGGAGAAGCUUAUUUUUAUGAGCAAUGGAAGGUAAAAUUAGAAUCAAGCUUAUUAGAGUAGAAAUUCUCAUAUUCGUGAGGUAUUUUAAAGGCUACUCAACUCAAAACACAGGUUAUAUGAAAGUGCUAGGAGUAGGUGUUUUCCUUAACCUUUGUAUCCUUUGUUCUAGAUCCUUGCUGGAUUUAGCUGCAGCUUUCAGGCUACAGGCUGCUGCAUGCAAGACCUUUGCUUUGAUACUUUUUGGCCAUUUUUGUGUUAUUACAUAACUUAAAAGGAUGAAAUAUUUUGAGAAGGGAGAAAUGGUAACAAGAUGAUCAAAAGUAAGUUGUAUUCCAUGACUUCUUUAUCCAGUACUUUAAUCUUAGAGUUUAGUACCCACAACGCUUAAAUCAAUCAAAUGUUACUCAGCAAGUGGUGUUAUCAGAAUCUGUAACUAAUUUUUAAACUAAUGAGGUCUUGGCUAUUGACUUGAAUAGUUGCAGAUUUGCUUCAUCUAUUAGGUUUUUGCCUGAGAAAAAAAGGGAUUGUAAAGACGCCUUUGAAUUAGGAGCCUGUGACAUGUAUUGCCUUCCUUUGAACCCUCAAUGUGCAACUGAAGUGAUAAUUGAAUUUAGAAAGAAACCUGUCAGCGCUGAUGGUUUGUUUUGUAAAAUUGUCCUUACACAUGAGGAAGUAGAGAAGCAAUAAAGUUCAAAUUGAAAUAAAUUGAAAAGCGUAAAUAUUUGCAAUGUCAAGGUGCAGCAGGAUUGCCGAAAGGAAACAUGGUUUCAAUAAAGUCAGACUGUAUUUGGAAUGUG